AUGGGAUGUUUUCGUUGUUCUGGAGAAUCAUCAAUUAAGAAACCAGAGAAAUUGAGGAAAAACAACAACGAUGAUAAUCAAUACAGAAGAGCUGAUCAUGCAUCGCCAAAUAGAGAUGCAUUACAAGUGAGUCCGUGUAAAGAUGCAAAGGAAGAGUCCAAGGUCUUAAACAAACGUGCCGUGGAAGAGGAGGUCGAUGCUAGUAAGAACCCUUCUAGUGAUGGAGAGGCCAAUAGUGUUAAAGCACGAACCUUUACAUAUGCUGAAUUGCUGUCUGCAAUGCAGAAUUUCAAGGCAGAAAUUUUUUUGGGUGAGGGUGGUUUUGGAAAAGUUUAA